GAGCGAAACCAACGCCUGGCUCGGAGUAACAGCAGCACCGCGGCUGCGGAGGGUUUCUCUGGCCAGUGUCUCUCCCUCCAGUCUACAGCAUGGGGAAUAUCUUUGCGAACCUCUUCAAGGGCCUUUUUGGCAAAAAAGAAAUGCGCAUUCUCAUGGUGGGCCUGGACGCUGCAGGGAAGACCACCAUCCUGUACAAACUGAAGCUGGGUGAGAUCGUGACCACCAUCCCCACCAUAGGUUUCAACGUGGAGACUGUGGAGUAUAAGAACAUCAGCUUCACUGUGUGGGACGUGGGUGGCCAGGACAAGAUCCGGCCUCUGUGGCGCCACUACUUCCAGAAUACACAAGGUCUCAUCUUUGUGGUUGACAGCCAUGACCGAGAGCGUGUGAAUGAGGCUCGAGAGGAGCUAAUGCGGAUGCUGGCGGAGGAUGAGCUCAGGGAUGCUGUCCUGCUCGUGUUCGCAAACAAGCAGGACCUCCCCAAUGCCAUGAACGCAGCUGAGAUCACGGACAAGCUGGGCCUCCACUCUCUGCGCCACAGGAACUGGUACAUUCAGGCUACCUGUGCCACCAGUGGGGACGGGCUCUAUGAGGGACUGGACUGGCUGUCCAAUCAGCUCCGGAACCAGAAGUGAACCGAACUCCUCUCUUCCCCCUCACUCCCUCCUUCACCCUUGCUUUCCUCUCAUGUGGCAGAUGUGCCCCUGUGGUGUGAGUGCCAGAAGCUGUCUCCAUGGUCGGUCCCAGUGUGCUUCAUCAUGCUGUACAUGUGCAGACGCAGCCUGCAACCGAGUUUUUAUUUAAUGUAAAUAGUUCUUGUUUCCAAUGAGGCAGUUUCUGGUACUCCUAUGCAAUAUUACUCAGCUUUUUUUAUUGUAAAAAAAAAAAAAAGUAUCAACCCACUGUUUAGUACUGAGAAGGGAUUUUGGGCACCCAGGGCGGGGCCUCUAGGAGUUGCUAUGAGAUCACCUCAACGCUCCUCCUCUGGGCUUUAAAUCUGUGUUGAGAUCCAUUUUGGUGGUUGGUUUUUAACCCAAACUCAGUACAUUUUUUAUAAUAUAAAUACAAGGUAAGGAGACACUUGAACACAGAGAAGGGAGAAAUGUGCCUAGUGUAGGUUCUGCAGUAAUGGCUUGAGUCCAGUCUGCCCGUGGCCUGUCUCCCAUCUGGAGCGUGCAGUGGGCAGAACCAGCCACAGUACAUUCUGCAUGGUCACUUACGGUCCCUGAUUGGCUUUGUCUUGCUGGGUCAUAUGCAUCCCAUAGCAUUUGUGCUUGUACCUGUGCUUACACCACCGCCUAUGGGGGUGGGCUGGGGGCUGCGGCCACCACUCAGGCCCCUUGGAGGGACCCCAGCCUUCCCUUCGGUCAGUGUGGGUCAGCUUAGGUGCUUUGGUAGGACCACUCUGGCCAGAACGGGAGACCCCCAUGGUCCCUACACACACUCACUUGCUCCAGGUUGUCUGGAUCUCACCAGUAGGAAUGCAGACAGGUGACCGGUCAUCUUAGAGCCUAGCUCCUCAGAGCCCCCGUCCCCAUGUGCUUUCACUCCCUCAGCCUGCAAGGGUCAGACUGACAUCAAAAACAACAACCUCUACUUUUUUCUUUUGUAUUUUGAUAAACACUGAAGAAAUUAGAGCUGUUAAAAUUUAUCUUGGGGAAAACCUCAGAACUGGUUUAUCUGGUGUCGUGGAACCUCUUACUGCUUUCAAUACACGAUUAGUAAUCAAAAAAAAAAAAUAAAUAAAUAAAAUAAAAUAAAA